AUGGCCUCGCCGGCCACCGAAUACGCUCAGAAAAGCGCCUCAAACCCUCCACAACCAGCACCAUCAACCACACCCGCACCACAACAAGCCCAACCCGCUCCCUCAGACCAACAACCCACCAGCACCACCGACGACGGUCUGUCCCGCCGCCCACGCGACGCCCGCCUCAUCCACCUCAUCCUCUCCGCCCAAGGCGUCCACAGCUACCAAGAACGCGUGCCCCUUCAACUCCUCGACUUUGCAUAUCGCUACACCUCCUCCGUCCUCGCCGACGCCUUCCGUCUCUCCUCAGAAGGUUAUGCUUCCGCUCCCGGCGCUCCCGCAAAUUCAAAGCGCUCAGAGGCCACCGAUGGAAGUAACAUUACUGUCAAUGCGUUGCGUCAGGCCAUAGCCUCGCGUCAGGAUUACCAGUUCCAGGGUGCGCUGCCUAAAGAGUUUAUGAUGGAGCAGGCCGUGGAGAGGAAUAGGGUUGCUCUGCCCAAGGUGCAAAAGGCGUGGGGUGUGCAGUUGCCGCCGGAAAAGUAUUGUCUCACUGGCACUGGAUGGAGUUUGCGGGAUCUGUGGGAGGAGGAUGAGGUUGUGCAAGGUGAGGAAGAACAGCAAACUAAGCGAGAAGGCAAUGGAGAUGUGAGGAUGGAGGGCAUUGCCGAUGGCAAAGUCGACGAAGGCGAGGAGAAGGAUGCUAUGGACAGCUUCGAGGAUGUCUUUGGCGGCGAUGCCCAUGGAGAUGGUGACGGCGAUCAGGAGAUGGCUGAGGCUUGA